AUGUCAGCGCAGGAGAUCACCGUUCCGGCACCCGCCGACUUCCACGUCCACCUGCGACAAGGCAAGAUGUCGGAACUCGUCACCCCGCACGUCGCCGAGGGCGGUGUCUCGCUCGCAUACGUGAUGCCCAACCUCGUACCUCCCAUCACUUCGACGCAGCAAGCCACCGAAUACCUCGAGUCAUUGCGAGCGCUUGCUCCUAAAACAAAAUUCGUCGGCACCUUGUACCUUUCACCCGCUCUGACACCAGCCGAGAUCGCCAAAGCAGCCAAGAACGGCGUCCGCGGCGUCAAGAGCUACCCCCGCGGUGUCACCACCAACUCGGACAGCGGUAUCGAGGAUUACGAGACCUACUACCCCAUCUUUGAGGAGAUGCAAAAGCAAGACAUGAUCCUCAAUCUGCACGGAGAGGUUCCUUCCAACGCAGACGCGGGCAUCUGUGUCUUGAAUGCCGAGGAAAAGUUCUUGACGCACCUGUUCAAGAUCCAUCGUCAGUUCCCCAAGCUCAAGAUCGUGUUGGAGCAUGCUACUACCAGGAAAGCGGUAGAAGCUGUCAAGCAGUGUGGCGACACGGUCGGCUGCACCAUCACACCGCACCACCUCGAGCUCAUAGUCGACGAUUGGGCAGGUAAGCCUCUCAACUUUUGCAAGCCGGUCGCAAAGUAUCCCGACGAUCGACAGGCGCUGCGCGACGUCGUCCGCGAAGGCCACCCACGUUUCUUCCUCGGCUCAGACUCUGCACCGCAUCCUUUGGCCAACAAGUACCCUUCUGCAGUGACACACGGCGCUCCUGGAACCAAGGCUUCCGCUUCUGGCAGCGAUGACCUCGAGCCCACCGGUGUCGUCUCGUGCGGAUGUGCAGCGGGUGUGUACACAUCAUCGAUUCUCGUUCCUCUCUGCGCCACUCUUCUCGAAGGCUUUGGUGCACUGGACAAGCUCUCCAACUAUGUCAGUAUCAACGGUCGAAAGUUUUACGGCUACGAUGACGAAGAGGAAGUCUCGCAGGGCAGCAUCAAGCUUCGCAGGGUGGACAAUGGAUCGUCGUCGUCUUCAACGUCUGCUGCAACCGUUCCUGCAGUGUACGUGCAUCCGGAGUUCCGUGAGGUGCCUGAUUCGGAUGGGUCUAAGGUACAGGUGGUACCUUUCUGGGCUGGCAAGCGCCUGGGGUGGGAGAUUGUUCGUUCCUAG